AUGAAAACUUACAUAUAAUCACAUUAAGAGUAUUAGUCAAGGGAAGUUGAUUUAAUUGAAUAAUUUAAUAGUUCUUAUUAACCUUAUCUCUAUACUUACAUUCGAUAUAGCAAAAUCUUAAUAUUAUUUUUAAAGAAACACAAAACAAGUUUUAUAAAGUUAAUAUCUGAUUGUUUUAUUUCUAGGAAAUAAUAUUUUAAUAUUCAGAUUCUGUUAAAUAAAAAGGUUAUCUUAAGAUAUUCCCUUUAAUGGUUAAUUCAUUGAAAAAUUUGCAUUUUUAAUAAAUUAUUCAUAGAGAUCUUAAACCAGACAAUAAUAUUAUGUUUGAUUUUUAAAAUUAAAUAAAUAAUAUAGAUGAUCUUCUUUAAACAGAGAUCACUUGUGUAAUAAUUGAUUAUGAUAGAUCCAAAAGUUUAGGAUAUUUAGGUGAAUAAAUCAAAACUAGAUAUGUAUGUAAUACAAUGUUUAAACCUCCUAUAGGAUCAAAAAUAUUCAUAUUCAUAUGAUAUAUGGCAAAUGUGAUACAUAUGGUUAUUUUCAUUAAAAUUAGAAUUCGUAACAGCACCUAAGAAAUUUGACUCAAAUAUUCAAUUACAAAAAUUGUGUUAACUAAAAAAUACCAAUUACAACUAAUUUAUUGAGGAGGCGAAAAAACUUUAAAAUCACAUAUAAAUUCAUAAUGAUCUUAAUUUAUUAAUUUUUAAAAUGAUAGAAUUAGAAC